GCGCUCCUGCAGCCGGGCGUCAACAAGUUCUCGCUGCGGAUGUUCGGCAGCCAGAAGGCCGUGGAGCGCGAGCAGGAGCGCGUCAAGUCGGCGGGGGCCUGGAUCAUCCACCCGUACAGCGACUUCAGGUUCUACUGGGACUUCACCAUGCUGCUCUUCAUGGUGGGAAACCUCAUCAUCAUCCCGGUGGGCAUCACCUUCUUCAAGGACGAGACCACGGCCCCGUGGAUCGUGUUCAACGUCGUCUCGGACACGUUCUUCCUGAUGGACCUGGUGCUGAACUUCCGCACGGGCAUUGUCAUCGAGGACAACACGGAGAUCAUCCUGGACCCCGAGAAGAUCAAGAAGAAGUAUCUGCGCACGUGGUUCGUGGUGGACUUCGUGUCCUCCAUCCCCGUGGACUACAUCUUCCUCAUCGUGGAGAAAGGCAUCGACUCCGAGGUCUACAAGACGGCGCGCGCCCUGCGCAUCGUGCGCUUCACCAAGAUCCUCAGCCUGCUGAGGCUGCUGCGCCUGUCGCGCCUCAUCCGCUACAUCCACCAGUGGGAGGAGAUCUUCCACAUGACCUACGACCUGGCGAGCGCGGUCAUGCGCAUCUGCAACCUCAUCAGCAUGAUGCUGCUGCUGUGCCACUGGGACGGCUGCCUGCAGUUCCUCGUGCCCAUGCUGCAGGACUUCCCGCGCAACUGCUGGGUGUCCAUCAACGGCAUGGUGAACCACUCGUGGAGCGAGCUGUACUCCUUCGCACUGUUCAAGGCCAUGAGCCACAUGCUGUGCAUCGGGUACGGGCGGCAGGCUCCCGAGAGUAUGACGGACAUCUGGCUGACGAUGCUGAGCAUGAUCGUGGGCGCCACCUGCUACGCCAUGUUCAUCGGCCAUGCCACCGCCCUCAUCCAGUCGCUGGACUCCUCGAGGCGCCAGUACCAGGAGAAGUAUAAGCAGGUGGAGCAGUACAUGUCCUUCCACAAGCUGCCCGCCGACUUCCGCCAGAAGAUCCACGACUACUACGAGCACCGCUACCAGGGCAAGAUGUUCGACGAGGACAGCAUCCUGGGCGAGCUGAACGGGCCCCUGCGCGAGGAGAUUGUCAACUUCAACUGCCGGAAGCUGGUGGCCUCGAUGCCACUGUUUGCUAAUGCCGACCCCAACUUUGUCACGGCCAUGCUAACCAAACUCAAGUUCGAGGUCUUCCAGCCGGGUGACUACAUCAUCCGCGAGGGCACCAUUGGCAAGAAGAUGUACUUCAUCCAGCAUGGCGUGGUCAGCGUGCUCACCAAGGGCAACAAAGAGAUGAAGCUGUCUGACGGCUCUUACUUCGGGGAGAUCUGCCUCCUGACGCGAGGCCGGCGCACGGCCAGCGUGCGGGCCGACACCUACUGCCGCCUCUACUCGCUGAGUGUGGACAACUUCAACGAGGUGCUGGAGGAGUACCCCAUGAUGCGACGGGCCUUCGAGACCGUCGCCAUCGACCGCCUGGACCGCAUUGGCAAGAAGAACUCGAUCCUGCUGCACAAGGUGCAGCACGACCUCAACUCGGGCGUGUUCAACAACCAGGAAAACGCCAUCAUCCAGGAGAUCGUCAAGUACGACCGCGAGAUGGUGCAGCAGGCUGAGCUGGGCCAGCGUGCUGGCCUCUUCCCGCCGCCGCCACCGCCGCAGGUCACUUCGGCCAUCGCCACGCUGCAGCAGGCGGUGGCCAUGAGCUUCUGCCCGCAGGUGGCACGCCCGCUUGUGGGGCCGCUGGCGUUAGGCUCGCCGCGCCUCGUGCGCCGCCUGCCCCUGGGGCCUGUGGCCCACCGUCCGAUGAGGAUUCUGUUUAAGUGCAAUACUCGGCCUGACAGCUUCCCGCUGCCCCCAUCGCGCUCACGCAAUAACCGGCCCGGCCCCUGUCUGCGCGUCCUGCGGUGA